CAGAUAAUAAUGAUGCCUUUGGCCCCAGCCACACACUCUGACAGGAGACUGCUGGAACAGGGCUGGAAUACACGGAGCUGCCCCUUGGCUGGGGGGCAGAGGAUGUUCCUGGGGCAGGAAACUGCUCUCCGCCAGGGCCCAUCCUAAUUAAAUGGCACACAAAGAUGGAGCUGAUGCAGAAAGCUCAUUAACACCCUGGGUUAUUAGAGAGGCGGACAUGUGAUCCGGGUGGAAUCCUGAGACCUGGGAGGCAGCCAGCUCCCUUUUCUGUGCAGGUGCCAGCGCUAGCGAGGGCAUGAAAACGGCACCAUGACAUCCCCCUGCUCUGCCCGCCUACAGCUGAACGAGAACCUGCAGCUUAUGCAGGCCGGCUCCCUUAUGAGAAAAGUGAAAUCCCGCAGUUGGAAGAAACAGAGAUAUUUCAAACUGCAGGAGGACUGCAUGACUAUAUGGUACAACUCCAAGAAAACUGGGAAUACAAAGUCCACAUUUUCCAUCAGUGACAUUGAGACGGUGAGGGAAGGGCACCAGUCGGAAGUGCUGCAGAGCAUCGCAGAUGAGUUCAAGCCUGAGCUCUGCUUUACCAUCGUCUUCCAUGGACGUCGAGCAAACCUCGACUUGGUGGCCAACACCCCAGAGGAGGCUCAGUGCUGGAUCCAAGGCCUGGAGAAACUGAUAGAGACAGUGACAAAUAUGGACCAGAAGGACUUGCUGGAUCAGUGGAUCUGCGACUGGUUUCAAAAGGCCGACAAGAACAAAGAUGGAAGAAUGAACUUCAAAGAGGUCCAGGAUCUGCUAAAGAUGAUGAAUGUGGACAUGAGUGAGCACCAUGCUUACCGACUUUUCCAGAUGGCAGAUAAGUCCGAGUCAGGAACCUUAGAAGGAGAGGAGUUUGUGCUGUUUUACAAAGCUCUGACACAACGUGAUGAAGUGCUAAAGAUCUUUCAGGACUUCUCCAAGGAUGGGAAGAAGCUCACCCUGUUGGAGUUUGUGGACUUCCUACAGCAGGGCCAACUAGAGGAGGAGAACACCGAGGAGCUAGCCAUGGACCUUAUUGCACGUUAUGAGCCGUCAGAUACUGCAAAGAAGCUUCAUGCUAUGAGCAUAGACGGGUUUGUCAUGUACCUGUGCUCCCCGGAGGGAUCCAUCUUCAAUGUGGCCCAUGAGCAGCUCUACCAGGAUAUGACGCAACCAUUGUGCCAUUACUUCAUCUCAUCCUCCCACAACACCUACCUGAUGGAAGACCAGAUCCGAGGACAGAGUAGCGUUGAGGGAUACAUCAGGGCACUAAAACGAGGCUGCCGCUGUGUAGAAGUGGACACCUGGGAUGGACCUAAUGGAGAACCCAUUGUGUAUCACGGACGCACUUUCACAUCUAAAAUCCUUUUCAAAGAUGUUAUUUCCGCCAUCAACAAGUAUGCCUUCAGGGUAUGUGACUACCCAGUCAUCUUGUCCUUGGAGAAUCACUGUGGGGUGGAGCAACAGGACGCCAUGGCGCAGCACCUGAAAAGCAUUCUGGGAACCAAACUCAUCAUGAGCACCCUAGACGGUCGAAUUCCUACCUGCUUGCCGUCUCCUGAUGAGCUUCGAGGGAAGAUCCUAUUAAAGGGGAAGAAAAUCGGUCGAUUGGUAGACAGCCUGGAGGAGCAGCCUGAUGAUUCGGUGGGUGAGGUGACUGACGAGGAAGAGAAUGUGGAGGUGGAAGAGGAGCGAAACGAGGAUAAAAAAAGAGCAAAAAAAUCCAAAGAGCGCCUCUCUCAUCUGCUAUCGGACUGCGUAAUUUACUGCAAGAGCGUGCCCUUCGUCAGCUUCCAGCACUCCAGAGCCCACUACACACUUUACGAGAUGUCGUCGGUCACAGAGUACAAGGCUAGGAAGCUUGUCAGAGAACCAGGGAAUGAUUUUGUGCGACACAACGCCUGGCAGCUGAUGCGCGUUUACCCCACAGGACUCCGGACAGAUUCCUCCAACUACAACCCCCAAGAAAUGUGGAAUGUGGGGUGCCAGAUGGUGGCGCUGAACUUCCAAACGGCUGGAGUAGAGAUGGAUCUGAACGACGGCCUCUUCCGACAGAACGCUCGCUGUGGCUACGUGCUGAAGCCUUCCUUCAUGAGACAUGUAGAGACCACAUUCAAUCCUGACCAACCGCAGAGCACGGAAGGCUACUCACCCGUCAAUCUCUCCAUACUGGUGAUUAGUGCCCAGCAACUGCCCAAGGUUGAAAACAGCAAAGAAGGUUCUAUAGUGGAUCCUUUUGUGAGAGUGGAGAUCUUUGGGGUUCCCAUUGACCAAACCAAGCAGGAGACAAAGUACAUAGAAAAUAAUGGGUUUAACCCAAUGUGGUACGAGACACUACACUUCAAAAUCCACGUCCCUGAACUGGCGCUCGUCAGAUUUGUGGUAGAAGAUUAUGACAAAACCUCAAGAAAUGACUUUGUCGGACAAUAUACUCUCCCGUUCAAAAGCAUCAAAUCCGGAUAUCGGCACAUCCACCUCCUUUCACGGGACGGCACCAAGAUGCCUCCUGCCUCUGUAUUUGUCCACGUCCGCGUUACAGAUGCAUCGCAGCCCGAGCAAGACACGUAGUUGGAACCUUCCCAAUAAAGGAUCUGAGUAUUAGA